CGAUAGCAUAUUCGGGUUCUGGCGCGGAAACGAAAAAGCGUUACACAUAAAUCAUAAAGAGCUGGUCACAGUCAAGAUCGCUCUCGAGAAACUCGCGUCACACCUCAAAAACUGUCAAAUUCUGCUACGCGUUCCCUGGUAGAAAAUACGCCAUAACUUAUGGGCGCGAAACCAACUGUUCGGCAUAUUUCGUGGCCACCCAGUCGCCAUAUCGUACCCAUAAUCAGGCGAUAAUAUUUCGUACACUCUAUUGGGUUAAUUGAACCGUAACCUUCAAAUAAACUUUACAUUUAUGUUACUAAGGUAAAAUUAUUAACUUAUUGGCUAAAGCUAUUUACCACAGUCAAGGUCACGCAAUCCAAAUCACAUUUUGGAGCAAGCUCCUAUAAGUAUCGCGUCGGCUGCGCGCGCAGAGUACACGUAUACAUACGUAUACAUGUACAUACCUUAUAGUACACAACACAUACAAUACAAUUGCGUGUUGUAGAACCGUUAGAGGUUCGAGCUGCUGAGGUAAUCUGCUGAGUUUAUUUCAUUCGAGAAAUAACGUAUAUUUACUGUACUUACGUGUUGUACAAAUAAUAAUUAAAGAAAGUUUGUCAGUUAUAUGUAAUGUGAAUUUGUAAAUAUACGUGGAGUGAAAAAUGAAGCGUAACCGAAAAGAUAUUUACAACAACAGAAUAAAACAGCAAAAGUUAGAUGAAGCAGUUCAACAGUUAAGUGACGACCAAAAUAUUUCAAGAGAGUCAGCAGAAUCAUCAAUAGAAAGUAAUUUGAAUGAAAAUCUAACCGACUGUUCUGGUGUGGAUUACUAUAACCUCUAAUCUGAUUGGGAUCUCCAAACUUGGGUAGUCUCUAAAAACAUACCACAUAAGCAUGUGGACGAACUCCUUAAAAUUUUAAGAAGACGUCUUCUACCAUCCCUACCUAAGUGCACAAAAACACUACUUAAAUGUGAAGUGAACUUAGAUAAGGUAGAACCUAUGAAAGUUUAUAAUGGUUCCGAUGGAGAAUUCAUAUACUUUGGAAUUAGAGAUCAGUUGAUAAAGCAAAUAGAUGUCAGACUACAUGAAACUAAUGAUUUAGAAAUAAUGAUAAAUAUUGAUGGCAUGUCACCGUUCAAAUCUAGCGCAGCAACCAUUUGGCCUAUUUUAUGCAAGGUGUAUAGAAAAUUAGAUCUGUAUGAACCUUUUAGUGCAGCCGUAUAUUCUGGGAAUGGUAAACCAAAAUAUGUUACAGAAUAUUUAUCAAAAUUUGUACGCGAGUUAAAUGACUUAUUAAAGAAUGGCUUGAUUAUAAACAGUGUAUUAUUCAGCCCCAAGGUUAAAUUUUUUUCUUGUGAUUCGCCAGCCAGAUCAUUUAUUAAGUGCUCUGUAAGUCAUAUGGCUUUUCAUAGAUGUGAACGCUGCAACGGCUUGGGACAGAGAAUGGACAGUGUUACAGUAUUUUUAAAUAUUGAUGCAGAGAAAAGAACAGAAGAAGACUUCAGAACAUUUACUGAUCCAGAUCAUCACAAUGAUGUUUUUCCUUUGUGUGCAGUUCAACCAGCUUUAAAUCUUAUUUCACAAUUUAUACUCGACCCAAUGCAUUUGUUGUACCUUGGAUGUACAAAAAGAUUACUCGAGUAUUUGUUAUCUUCUUCAAGACGUAAAGUUCGAUUGAGCUCAUCGCUAAAAACUGAACUGACUCGUAGAACAACUAUGAUUAAUGGAGAUAUUCCUCUUGAAUUUCCUCGAAAAAUGAGAUCAAGUGACCACUUCGCCAACUUCAAGGCUGUUGAGUUCAAAUUUUUUUUAUUAUAUGCUGCUCCAGUUGUUCUCAAGAAAUUAUUUUCCGAAGAUUUGUACAACCACUUCAUGUUAUUGACAGUAGCAUGUCGAUUAUUGUCUACUGAAAAUAAGAAUCUCGAUAUUGUUGAUGCAAGAAACUAUUUAAGAAAGUUUGUAAAAGAUACUUCAACUUUAUAUGGAUCAACAUUUGUUUCACUUAAUGUGCACAACCUUAUUCACCUUCCUGAUGAUGUUGAAAAUACAAGGUGUUCUUUGAGCGAGCUUAGUGCUUUUGCAUUUGAGUCAUACUUGGGAAGUAUUAGUGCUGCAUUAAGAUCACCAAAACACUUGCUUGCGCAGUAUUGUCGAAGAUUACAAGAGAAGCAAACUUUUGCUAAAAAAGUAGGAAGUGUUCCACCUCAACUGGAAAUUCUCGGAUAUAAGAAAAAGAAAGUUUUCAAAAUCAAAUAUAAGGGAAUGAUACUAUCUUCCACACAUCCAAAUAACACUGUUUUACUUAGAGAUAAAAGUGUAGCUGAAAUUUGUCAAUUUAACUGCACAGAAGACGUAGUUUCCAUAGAAGUUAAACAAUAUUUGAAGAAGGAAUCACUUUUCCAUCAUCCAUGUGAUUCCAGUACAUUAAAUAUAUGGCAAGUAAGUCGAAUAAGCCAUAUCACUUCAGUUAUUCCUUUGGAGAAUGUUGAGCAAAAAUUUGUGAAACUACAAGCAAACUUUUCAUCAAUAGAACCAGUCAACUUGUGUGUUGUCCCUCUACUGCACUAACCGUGCCUUUCAAAACUCUCUAUUCUACAAUAUAUUCUUAAUAAGCAUGACAGACAGUGAAAGUGAAGGAGAAAUUAAAACAAAAACAAAAAAACUGAAGAAAUUCAGUUUGGUUCAAUGUAUUCAUAUAGGACCAAAGCGUAAGG